UAUUGUUUAACUGUGUCCCGAGCUCGAACAUGAAAACUAUUCGGAAAGAAUUCAACUCAUCAAUUGUUAUCGGAUUAGUCGUAUUUUUAUGUUGUUUUACGAAUUCCCCAACAAAAUCAUCUGAAGUUCAUUUACAAACUCCAUCCUCAAUUCGUCUACCAACUUCCAUACAACCAAUUAAAUAUAAUCUUCAUAUAAACUCAAGUAUCCAUGAGAAUAAUUUGGAUUUCAGUGGAAAUGUGGCUAUCGAAAUUGUUGUCCGCGAGACGACAAGUGAAAUUGUACUUCAUGCGAAACAAUUACGUGAUUUAGUGAUAAGCCUUAAGGAAGACCGUAGUCGACGGAGGUUUAGUAAUUUAAAGUAUUCCCUGCAAGAGGAUAAGGACUUUUUGAGAAUAUCCACACCGAAAACGCUGAAUGUGGGCGAACGUUAUCGUCUGGAAAUUAUCUAUACGGGAAAGAUUCAAGAAGAAUUCCAGGGAAUUUAUAGAACAUCUUACUUGUAUGAAUAUUAUAAUAAAUCAAUUCCUCUUGCAGUGACCCAGUUUCAACCCACCCAUGCCCGUUUAGCCUUUCCAUGUUUCGAUGAGCCUUCGUUCAGAGCAAAAUUUGUCAUAACCAUAACCCAUGGCAGAUUCUAUACGGCUUUGUCAAAUAUGCCAAUAUAUGGUCAACCAAGUUGGAAUAAUAACAUGAUCACAACGGUCUUCCGUGAAACACCAACAAUGCCAACUUAUCUUGUGGGUUUUGUUAUUUGCGACUUUCAUUUCAUCAGUUACUUUGACAAAAACAAUAGUAGCACCACUGAACAUAGAGUCUUCUUUCCACUAAACUCCAAGGACAUGGGUUCCCGAGCUAUAACAAAUUCCUAUCAAGCUGUGUCGUUUUUUGAGAAUUACCUGGGAAUAGCAUUUCCAUUGCCAAAACUGGAUCAUAUUCAUGUUAAAGAUGCCGAUAUGGUUGCUAUGGACUGGGGACUGGCAAUUUACAAUGACAAUGAAUUUCUGCAAACUCUAGAAGACCGAGAUUCGACAGUGAAGAGGAUAGUAUUGCAAAAUUAUAUUGUCUCUCAGCAAUGGUUUGCCAAUAUGCUGCCACACAAGUGGUGGUCACAUGCGUGGCUUAAUUCUGGAUUGGGAACAUAUUUUAGCUACGAAAUUACUGAUUUGAUGUAUCCUUCCUGGAAGAUGGGAGAGUAUUUUAUUUUGACUGAAGUCAAGGAAUUAUUAAAGCUCGACUUGAAAGACCCUUUGGUGCGAAAGGUUGAAACCCAAGCGGGUAUUGAUAGUUUAACAUCGGAUGAUGCACCUUUCCAAAUGGGUGCGUGCAUAAUAAAAAUGUUCCAUCAUGCCAUUGGAAAUGAAACCUUCACCAAAGGUCUUCGUUAUUACGUAAACAAAUUUAAAAACUCAAACGUUGAUGAAGAUGAUUUCUUUGGAGCUCUCCAAAAAGUCGUCAUAGAUGAAAAUGCGUAUCCCUUUCAGAUUGAUAAAUCCUUGCAUGAAGUUAUGAAAACAUGGACUAAUAAUCGAGGAAUACCAAUAGUUAGAGUUACGAGAAACUACCAUAACAAUGGAACCCUUGUAAUCCAACAAAGUCCAUAUAAUGGAAAUACUAAUGAUAAAUGGGGAAUACCUUUGAAUUUCGCUACAGCUUCAAAUGCUGACUUUGACCGAACGACAACUGAUUACAUCAUGCCUCCAGUAGCGAGGGUUUCACUGAACUUGAAGGACAUAAAUAUCAAUCUCAAGAAUCGAGAUUGGUUGAUUCUGAACAAGCAACAAACAGGCUUAUACUAUGUCAUCUACGAUGAUCGGAAUCUCGAAUUAAUUGCUGAAGCCUUGAACGAUGAUCCCAAUGAAAUUCACAAGCUCAAUAGAGCUCUUUUAUUCAGAGAUCUAUUGGCUAUUUUAGAUACCGACUUAGAAGCUAUUGAACCUGUGCUCGAAUUGCUGAAAUACCUUAAAAACGAACAAGACUCAUUGCCGUGGUUUGAGGCUUCAGAACUUAUCAAUGAACUUUGGGCUAGAUUAAAGGAUGGCAAGGCUUUUGAAUUAUUUAGAACUUUUAUCAAUGAUAUCAUUGGAAAUUUCUACAACAAUUUCUUCGAACUGCCUCUUUAUAAGCUCUCUUUUGCUGAUUCAAUUGUCAAGAAGGCCAUUUACAAGCUUGCCUGUGAGGUUGAGCUUAGUGAGUGUCUUGCUUAUGCCACAAACCAAACCAAAGAAUAUCUUAUGUAUAAUUGGCCAAUGGAUGAAUCCUUGAAACGUUUCACUUUAUGCAAGGCCAUGGGUUCUAUGAAAUCGGAUGAUUUGGGAGACAUUUUAGAAAAAAUCUUCUAUACCAGUAUCAGUUGGGCGAAGGAAAAGGAAUUCCUCAAUUCUUUGCAUUGUAUAAGUUUGGAAGAGAAUAUCGAUUUAAUUUUUGAAUCCAUUCAUAAGGGCGAAUGGACUACGAGAAAAAUGUCAAUAUCGAAUUAUAUGGAAUUUUAUCAUCCAUCUUUUCAUAAAAAGACUAUGAACGCUUCAAGAGUAAGAGAAAUACGAGGCUUGAAAGAAGACGAAACUACUCGGAAACAUCAGGAAUUCAAAAGGAAGUACGAAGAAGCAAUCUACAAGUGGCUUAAGGAUUACGAGUCUAAGCUUAGGUUCUAGACUUUGAAUGGAAUUGUUUCAAUAUUUUUGUUAAUGAAAUAAAGAAGCUUUAUAAUUCUGUA